CGCAGGGCUUAACUGUUCGCCCGGCGAAGUUCAGCCUGUCUGGAUUCCAGUACGCUGCUUGUAUGUCAGAAUAAAUACCAAACCGCUCGCUGACUUUUUUCCGUACUAUGGUUAGCCGAAAGACUGGUUUCUUUCAGCUGUUGACGUUGAGUAGGCCUCGUUAGCUUAUGAAGAUGGCUGCAUCCAAAGACACCAUCCCUUCCUUAGCCGAAUGUCAGUGCGGGAUCUGUAUGGAAAUCCUGCUAGAGCCGGUAACCCUUCCUUGCAACCACACGCUCUGUAACCCGUGCUUCCAAUCAACUGUUGAAAAAGCCAACCUGUGCUGUCCCUUCUGUCGCCGCCGGGUCUCUUCGUGGACUCGGUACCAUACCCGAAGAAAUUCUCUUGUCAAUAGAGACCUGUGGGAGAUUAUUCAAAAACACUACGCAAAUGAGUGCAAGCUUAGAGCCUCUGGGCAGGAAUCAAAGGCAAUCGUUGAUGACUACCAGCCAGUUCGUCUGUUAAGUGAACCUGGGGAGUUGAGACGAGAAUAUGAAGAGGAGAUAAGCAAGGUGGAGGCUGAACGACAAGCCAGCAAGGAAGAAGAAAACAAAGCCAGUGAAGAAUACAUACAGAAAUUGUUGGCAGAAGAGGAGGAGGAGGAAAAGCGACGGACGGAAAAGAGGAGAAGUGAGCUGGAAGAGCAGCUGAAAGGCGACGAGGAGCUGGCCAGGAGGCUCAGCGCCAGCAUUAACAGUAACUAUGAGAAAAAUAUUUUGGCUUCUCCUUCAAGUUCCAGAAAAUCUGAUGCAGUCACAAACAAGUCACAAAAGAAAAAUACAAACAAACAAAAAAGCUUUGGAGACAUUCAAAAAUAUUUGUCACCUAAAUUGAAGUCUGGGUCAGCAUGGCCAUGUGAAGCUGUUUGUGGAGAGGAUAAAAGCUGCUUAUGUAAGGAAAUUGACGGUAGUGACAUGAAGAGCCCUGUGUGGCAAGACACAGAAAUUGAAAAAGAUAUGCCAACACUUUCUCCGCAGAUAUGCCUAGAAACUCAGGAACAAGGUUCAGAGUCUUUGGCAGAGUCACCUGUGCCAUGGUUAUGUGCCAGGGAUGCCGAACAGUGCCUUGAAGGAACAGUUGAAACAUUAUCAACCAGUCGUGAUGAUUUAUGUGUUGUAAAUCAUGAGGGACCUAAAGCCAAAGUUCCCUACUCUAAUGAAGCUACACUUAAGCCUUCUGGUAAAAUAGAAAACGAAGAGUGCUCUGUGUCAGGUGUGACCCAGUUAGCUGGUGGUAACAGAGUUCCAGAAAGUAGAGUGUAUCAUCUAGUGGUUGGGAAAGAGAUCUCCAAAAGAGAAAACCAGGAGUCUGUGUUUGAAGCAGCAGUCAUGGAUCCAUGUUUUUCUGCAAAAAGAAGGAAAGUGUUUCUCAAAUCUUCGGAUCAAGAAGAAACUGAAGUGAAUUUUACACAGAAACUAAUAGAUUUGGAACACAUGCUUUUUGAGAGACAUAAACAAGAAGAAGAGGAUCGAUUGUUAGCAUUACAGCUUCAAAAGGAGGUGGAUAAAGAACCGAUGACGCUAAACCGACAGAAAGGAUCCCCAGAUCAGUACCAGUUGCGCACAUCUUCACCACCAGACAGGCUGCUGGGUAAACAGAGGAAGAAUUCCAAAGAUAGGAACUCCGCAAAGCUGACCAAUUCAGAGAGGUCAAAAUCUCAGAGGAGCACAAAAGAUGAAUACUGGCAACCCUCUAAAAGCACAUGGAAGGAUUCAGUUAAUGGAAGAAAGAUGCCAAGUUCUACUAAAGAUGAUUGUAGUAAUGUAUCUAAACGCACUUAUUCCCUACAGUCUAGUAAUUCACAGAAAAGUAUUAUCCAAAUGUUUCAGCGAUAAACCAAACAAAGCAUGGCUAAAGAGAGUGUUCUGUAAUCUAGUAAAGCUGUAUUGUAAAGGUAGCUCUUUUCCAUCAUAAAAUCUUGAUGUGUCAUUAACUUCUGCUCAGCAAGCAUGCUUACUCUCUUUUCUAAGGUGUGGCUACAAAGGGAGAGUCUAAAAAUAUGUUUCUGCAAAAGUCAUUGAUAAGGAAAGAUCCUUAAGAAUUGUUUCCGUUGUUAAUACAGCUAUGUUCUAAUUGCAGGGGUCUUUAAAAAAAGUGCCUAGGUGAGACAUCUUCAGAUGCCAUGAAUGGGUAAGGAAUCCACAAGGGUGUCUUCCAUAACACUAAAGCAGUUAUUCCCAUACCUACUAAGUAUUCUAGCAUUUCUUUUGGUUUAAGAUGGACUAGGAUCUACAUCAAAUAGUUGACAAAAGAGCUGCUAGGUUGUCAACACAAAAGGGUUUAAGAGUGGGAUGAGGCUGAGUGGUGGGUUGGCAGUUAGGGGUCACUGGAAACUGUAACCAGAAACUGGGUUGAGAAUGGGCACCAGAUUUCUUGUGGCAGAACAUGAACCCUUCUUUAAGUGACAGAAAAUAUUUUGGGUUUUCAGCUUUUCACACCAUGUUAUCUUGGCAUAUUUUUACUGAUCUUUUCUAGAAAAAAAGAACUUACUUACUGUAGGCAAAUUAUACCAUAGGCUUCUGUUGAACACAGUCGAUACCACCCUUAUUGCUUGCUGGCUCGGACUUUAGUGUUUGUCUGCAGGGAUGGAAAGUGGUUUGUGGAGUUUGCUCAGGCUUUCCCUGAAAGGUAAAUCCAAAGGGAACUGACUUUAUUUUGUGAAGUUUAACUUUACUACUAUCUUUCCAACUGUAUUUCUUCUGGUGUCCUGGCGUCCAUUUACUGUGAACAUCAUGAACUGUCCUGGCACAGUGUUUGGCUUGAUCCACAUUUUUGUCAUUUGAGCUUUUUCUUCUAAAUUUUGAGAUUGUUUUUAUGUUUAUCUUGGCAUAAUUUUUUUCUAAGAGCAAUUUAACUUAAUAAUGCUUUAAGUGUUGGAACUCCAAAUUAAAAGCUAUCACAUUGAAUCUUUGUGGAAUAGUUCAUGACCAAAGGAAAGAAGAAAAAGAAGCCAUGGAGUGAUGUGGUUAGAAUUUAUGUACUUCUCCACUGGCUUGUCAAUGGGGAAGUCUUCUUGACUGAAGUUGGUUUGGAGAUUUGUAGUUUCUCUUUUAACCUUUCUGUUUACUGUUUAUGCCUUUGGGUUAGAAAGUAUUUUUUAUUGGUCAUUGGUGUGAUUUCCUUAUUUCUGUGGGAAACAUUUUAUCAGAAUAUUAAAGCUGUGCAGAUGUUGAAAAUAAAUGAAAAAGAGACUGGGCAUGGUGAUACAUACCUAACUGAUCCCAGUACUUGGGAAGCAGAGACAGGGGCAUCUCUGAGUUCUAAAAAUAUAUAUAUAUAUAUAUAAUUAAUUGAUUAAAAGAAUGAUUAAUAAAAAUCGACUCUCAUGUUUA